AUGCUCAAGAAAUUAUUUGCUUGGCUUAUUCUUCUUAUACAAUAUUUCAUUUCUAAGAUUCGAUUACCGACCGGUCCAAAAAAUCGUGUCUUUAACCAUAUUCGCAACCAUAUCGAUAAUAAUCAACGAGUUUUAAAUGUUGGUUGUGGAGAUGGAAUUCUCUCUGAACUUAUUCGAUUGAAUUAUAGUGAUAUGUAUGUUUAUGAUGCUGAUGUUGUUGAUUUGAGACACAAUAAAAAAAGUUCGAAUUUUCAUUUAUUUGAUGGUUAUCAUUUAUCACAAUAUGAUACUGGUUACUUUGAUGUUGUUCUAGUGAUCUAUGUUUUACAUCAUGUCAAACAUCGAAAUAUUUUACUCGAUGAAAUAAUGCGUGUAGGAAAAACAAUUCUUAUUGUUGAAGAUAUUUUACAUGAACCAAAAGCAACUAUCCUUGAUCAUUUCUUUACGUUUACUCAUCGUCUAUGGGCAAGAUUUGUUUGUAAAGAUAAAGAAGCAUACGUUGAAUUUUGGACAAAAUCAAAAUGGUCUAAUACUCUGUAUAAUUAUCGAGCAAAUAUUACAUACACGAAUAUACCAGAAAAAAAAUGGUAUCAUUAUGUUGAUCAUGGAAUGUUUGUGUGUUCCAAUUAG